GCUAUGGCUCAGUGUCAGAGCUGCUCUCAAAGCAUGGGCUCCUUUUACUGCCUCGUUCGCAGGAGAUUCAAGAGGAGACGCAAAAAACGCUCCGAACGCAAAGGCAGGUUAGGCGGGCGGCCCAGAGGGCAGCAGAAGUUCUGCAGUCUGGAUGUGGAUGAGGACAAACACUUGAGUUCGUGCAGUAUGGAUGUUAAAGAAAACCGCAACCUGGACAACCUCUCAUUUAAGGAAGUGCUGGGGGAGGGGCCUCACUUAGCCAAUGGGAGUGCUCGGGGAUUGAGCAGGAAACGUCCUCUUGAAGAGGGCAACAAAGGCCAUGGACACUCCAAAUUCCGGCCCAAAAAGCGCAGGAAACCACAAGGGCCAAUCUUGCCAAAAAAUGCACUCAUGCAACUGAAUGAAAUCAAACCAGGACUGCAGUACAAACUACUGUCGCAGACGGGGCCGGUACACGCACCCGUGUUUGUUAUGACUGUUGAGGUUAACGGGCAGCUUUUUGAGGGCUCAGGCCCAACCAAGAAGAAAGCCAAACUGAAUGCUGCAGAAAAAGCGCUACGCUCUUUUGUUCAGUUCCCCAAUGCAUCUGAAGCUCACCUUGCAAUGGGGCGUACGCUCACAGUUAACGCUGACUUUACAUCUGAUCAAGCAGAUUUCCCAGAUAUGCUGUUUAAUGGAUUUGAGACACCUGUACCACCUGAUGACCCCUUCUACCUGAGUCUUGGCAACAAUGGGUCUCUCUGCUCCCUAAACGAAUACCGCCUGCCUGUGACACUGAAAUAUAAAAACAGGUCACAUCCUCCUCUUCCAGUACCCCCUGCACUCACAGCUCCCCCUACAGGCAGUGGCAAAAAUGCUGUAAUGAUCCUAAAUGAGCUUCGGCCAGGACUGAAGUAUGAGUUUGUGGCCGAGAGCGGCGAAAGUCAUGCCAAGAACUUCAUAAUGUCAGUGACAGUGGAUACGCAGAAGUUCCAAGGUUCCGGCCGAAAUAAAAAGUUGGCCAAGGCAAGAGCAGCCCAAGCAGCACUGUCAGGACUCUUUAACAUGCAACUGGACCAAACACCCUCUCGACAGCCAAUCCCCAGGGAGGGACUUCAGCUGCACUUGCCUCAGGUCCUCGCGGACGCCGUCUCUCGUUUAGUCGUGGAUAAGUUCAGCGAGCUGACAGACAACUUCACGUCUCCACAUGCACGGCGGAAAGUCCUGGCGGGAGUUGUCAUGACAACCGGUAAGGAUGUGAUGGAUGCUCAGGUGAUUUGUGUGACGACUGGAACCAAGUGUAUAAAUGGAGAGUACAUGAGCGAUCGAGGACUGGCCCUUAACGACUGCCAUGCUGAGAUCAUCGCACGCCGCUCACUCAUUAGAUACCUGUACAAUCAGCUGGAAUACUUCCUCAGCGACAGCGCUGAAGAACAUGAGAAAUCCAUAUUCAGAUGGUGCAGUGAACAUGGCUACCGGCUAAAAGAUGAUAUUCAAUUCCAUCUGUAUAUCAGCACAUCGCCCUGUGGAGACGCCCGGAUCUUCUCCCCUCAUGAGGCUGGUGCCGAGGACCAGGGAGACCGGCAUCCAAACCGCAAGGCCCGCGGACAGCUGCGAACCAAGAUUGAGUCUGGAGAAGGAACGAUACCUGUUCGUACGAGUAACACCAUUCAAACUUGGGAUGGAGUCCUGCAGGGAGAGCGACUGCUAACCAUGUCAUGUAGCGACAAAAUUGCCAGAUGGAACGUGAUCGGAGUACAGGGAUCUCUUCUGAGUUACUUCACUGAACCCAUCUAUUUCUCCAGUUUAAUUCUGGGAAGUCUGUAUCAUGCUGACCAUCUUUCCAGAGCCAUGUACCAGCGCAUUGCAGACAUGGAUGAUAUUCCCCCGCCAUUCACUAUCAACAGACCACUUCUUAGUGGUAUCAGUAACACAGAAGCAAGGCAACCUGGGAAAGCUCCCAAUUUCAGCGUCAACUGGACAGUAGGAGACCAGGGGUUGGAGAUCAUUAACGCCACCACAGGAAAAGAUGACCUCGGAAGACAGUCGCAACUUUGCAAACACGCCCUUUACAGUCGCUGGGUCUGUUUACAUGCAAAGCUCAGUGAGACUCUGCGGAUACGAGGAUCUCGGCCUGGCUCCUACCACGAGGCAAAACAAGGGGCGGUCGAGUAUCAUGAGGCGAAACAGACUCUUUUCAAAGCUUUCUACAAAGCGGGACUGGGAGCAUGGGUGGAAAAACCCAUCGAACAAGAUCAGUUUUCCCUUACCCCUUAAGAUAAACUGAGAGAAAGGGAACAACAGAUCUUUUGUACAUUUACAUGGAAUGCAAGGUUUUAAUCUAACCUCCACACACUUUUUUGUCUGUUAUUAUUGCAAGUCAUUUGGUUUCUUUUAUCUGUCAAAGACAUGCUUGUGUUCAUUCAAAAAAUGGCUUGGUUACAAAGAAUCUAACUGAAGUGUUGGCGCAGGAUAAAACGUGGACAACAUGUUGUGAUAAUUGAACCAACAAAGGUGUUUUACAAAAAUAAUCCCAUUGACUAUAAUGCUGGCAUAAAUGUUUACCUCAGAUUAUAGCAAUUAUUCAUUCAUUCAUUCAUUUUCUUUUCGGCUUAGUCCCUUUAUUAAUCCGGGGUCGCCACAGCGGAACAAACCGCCAACUUAUCCAGCAUAUGUUUUAUGCAACGGAUGCCCUUCCAGCUGCAACCCAUCUCUGGGAAACAUCCAUACACACUUAUACACUAUGGACAAUUUAGCCUACCCAAUUCACCUGUACCGCAUGUCUUUGGACUGUGGGGGAAACCGGAGCACCCGGAGGAAACCCACACAAACGCAGGGAGAACAUGCAAACUCCACACAGAAACGCCAACUGACCAAGCCGAGGCUUGAACCAGCGACCUUCUUGCUGUGAGGCGACAGCACUACCUACUGCGCCACUACGUUGCCAUUUUAGCAAUUAUUUUCCAUAAUUUAAAUUCUUAUGUGUAUAUUACUAUAUAUAACUUCAAGCAGCUGUUCCUACUGUAGUGUGAUGUCCAGCUGUGUGAGUAAGGUGGCAGGUCACUGUCUUCACUUCCACCAUUAUCCCUUACCAUGUGUAAUUUUCUAUUUGCGUGAAGUAGAUCUUUACCAAAGUCCCUUUAAGGCAAGUCAUUUCACUCGGCGGCCAUCUUUGAAACCCCUCUCAGGCAUGCAAGCUACAGCUCUUAUCUUUUUAAAUGGGGAAACAUCAAAUUCUUCAAAACAUAUAUAAAUUCAUCAAACUUACAAUUAAAUUUCUUAUAAAUUUAGUUUCUAAACAUUAAA